AUGAGUGCUGUUGAGUUUCUUGUCAGAGCAGAAGCAAUUACCAAACCAUCAAUAUUAUGUGAUGUUGGAGGAAAACUCUCUCCAACGAUUUUAACAAUGAAUUUAUUAGUCAUUGUUAUCUUUGCAUUUGAUACUAUUGGAAAAAAUGUUCUAAAAACUGAAUCCCAGAAUUUUAUAUUAUGGUGCACGAUCUUUGUGAUUUCGUGGAUUGCAUCUACUUUUGGAUUGAAUCGAUAUGGCCUUUUAGAAUUGUGUAAUCUUUUGACCAUUUUCAAAUUGGAGAAUAAUUCUGCUUCAUAUCAAACCUUUUUAUCAGCACUUUUGCUUAUAGGUGCACAUAGUGGAGGAAUAUUAAACUCUAUAUUGCUUUUAAUAAAACAACACUGUGACAUGGAUCUCGAUGAUGAAAUUAGCAACAUUGAAAAGAAUUGCGACCUUGUUACUUUUGACAAAAGCGUGGUUAAUUAUCCCAAUAACAAUAACAUUGAAAAUGAAACCGAAAAGAACGGUGAUAUUAAUUCCACUAAAUUGAUUCUUACUUCAAUGAAAUCAUACGGGACCAUGCAUGGCUAA